AGGAACAAACAACAAGGAAUAAAAACACAAUAUUAAAUAAAAAUAAAGGUUUAGAGGUAUUAAAUAAUUGAAACUGUCAAAAUAUAAAUAGUCAAGGUCAGAUAUUUAAAGACAAGAUCACAAUGAUGCCAAACUACAGUAUAAACCUGGGUUUAAGAAGUGAUUUAAAAGAUGUCACUGAUUCUGUGAGCCUUACCUCCUCAGGCAGCUCCUUCCAAAUUCAGGGGCCCUGAUGGCAAAGGCUCCGCCUCCUCCGGAGUCUGUGGGACAAACAGGCAUCGACGUGGUGGCUCGUGUAAGGUCAGAAGUUCAGUCUGCUGCCAGGAAUGAGGAGGUGACAAGAGCCUUAGCUGCUUCAGCUGCAGACAGACAGACAGACAGACAGACAGACAGACACACACACACUCAGGAUGGCAGGGGAGUGUGUUCCCUGUGAGGGUCCAGACCUGAAGGACAUGAGUGAGGAGGAGCUGUGGGAUCUGAUUAACGACAACCGGCACCGGAUCUCACUGGGUGUGCGGCCGUGCAUCUUGAUCCCGUACCUGAGGCAAGCCAGAGUUCUGACGGAGAUGGACGAGGACGAGAUCCUCUCCUGCCACAACCUCACCAACCGCAGCAUGAGAACCAGCUUCAUGCUGGAUCUGCUGAGAACUCAGGGCAGGAACGGUGCUGUGGCUUUGCUGGAAGGUUUGAUGAUCCACUACUCCAGUCUGUACACGCAGGUCACUGGACAUAAACCAAGCACAGAGCCUUCAAGAUUCAGCGGCUUGAUAAAGUACUCUGAGUUGACCGAGUAUCUGGUGAGAGCAGUGACGGGGAUGCAGAAGGAGCUCCAGGAGGCGCGAGGUGAGGCCAGCAGAAUGACCUCCCGCUGCACCUCCCUGGAGUCAGAGAUCCAGCAGAUGAUAGAGCAGGAGGAGAAGUCCAGAUGUCUCCAGUCUGAGACUGAACGCAUGCGGAGACACUUGUGUUCUUUGCAGCGCGAGGUCACCAAGCUGAAGGACGAGAAGUGUGACCUGUACAUGCGCUACACGGCGGCCAUCGAGGAUAAAUCAGCGACCAACAAACGCCUCCAUGACCUCAACCUGCAGGUUUACCAGCUACAGACUGAGCUUCAGAAAGUCCAGAUUGAGAAUGAGUUCCAGAAGCAGCGCUCGCUCAGGCGAGCCUCUCUUGCUGAGAUGCCACACCUGAAAGAGGAAAUCCAGAGACUGCGCUGUGAGCUGCACAAAGCAGAGAAAAUGGACCCGGCUCAUCAGGACAUCCUGGCCCGGGACCUGGCUGAGGCCAUCGACAGCCAAGUGGAGCUGGCAGAGCAGCUCCGGCGCUACAGAGAGGAGAAUGAACAGCUGCUGGCAGAGAAACAAGGGCUGACAGAUCAGAAGGAGUGCCUGAGUCUGCAGGUGCAGCAGUUAACUCUGGAGUGUAACGUGCAACAGCAGAAGAGCGCCAUGAUCCACAAGCAGAUGAACGAGCUGCAGGCAGAGAGAGACCAGGCAUAUCAGUCCAGAGAUGAGGCCCAGGCCAUGAUAGCUCGCAUCCUGGCAGAGAAGGACACGCUGAGGUGCCAGCUGGUGGAGCUUCAGGAGAAGGUCUUCAGCCUGCAGGCCAAACGCCGUCCUCGAAGGCAGCAGCAGCAACAGCAGCAGCAGCAGAGUUCGGAUGAGACGGAGGUCAACUGGGGAAGUCGGAGGUCCAGCUGCGAGGAGUCCUCAUACUCCAACAGACGCAGACUCUGCCGCAUGGACGCCAUUAAUCCUCUGUCACUGAGUUCAUGCCAAUCAGAGAGUGAAGACGCCGCGGUGAGUAGCGUCCGGUCCCGAAAUGCAGAACCGCCAAGUCCAGAUUCUCUCCGCAGAAGAGUGGACUCUCUGUAUGAAGGCAGCAGUGUGGAAACAGCAGAGACGGAUUCUUUAUCGGACGACUUUGUCUUCCUCCCACAUGUGGGGACUGAAGACACGCACACACCCAGGCUGCUCUAUUCUAAAGAAUCUGCGUCAGACAGCCUGUCAAAAACCACACCCCCUCCUUUCCUGCUACGUUCCCGCCCAAAAGCUAUCCGCAUCAGUGGCCGUGUUCUCAGCAUCUCCUUCCAGGGGGAGGCGCUGCUGAGCCAGCUGGUGGUGGUUGGAGGAAACAAGACGGGAGUGUUUGUGCACCAGGUGACAGAGGGCAGCACGGCACAUACUGUGGGGAUCAGUGCAGGAGCACAGAUAGUGCAGGUGAAUUACGAGCAGAACCAGAAGGCGCUGAGGAUGGUGCUGGAGGAUUCUACUCUAGAAGAAGCUAUGUGGGCUCUUGGCCAAGUUACAGGCCUCUGCACUCUCUCCCUGCGCCCCAGGCAAGAUGAUUACGAGGCGUUGCUGCAGCAGCUGCAUAACAGUGAGAUAUCGUCGGGAGAUUCCUUCUACGUACGCGUUAACUUGACUCUGCCUGCUGGUCCCAGCGCCGGUCUGGCUGUUUCCUGCAACGACAUCCUGCACGUGACCAACACACGACCCGGCGGCACUGAGGACUCGUGGUACGCCAGCCAAGUUCAUCCCUGCCGACUCCUCGACCUUCAGAGUGGAACUGUACCCAACUAUUACAGAGCGCAGGGACUCCUGAUUCAAGCAAUUGAAAACAUGAGUUUUCCAACAAAGAAAUCUCGCAAGGCCGGGCGUUUGGUCAGCCAGACGAAAGAGAAGACUGUGAGGAUUGUGAGCACUGUGCACCAGGGCAGGAAUCCACUGUGGGUCAGUGUGGAAGAUGAAAAGUCAGGUGACACCACUGCACCCAAAAGUGGCGUGACCCUCAUGCCCUACACUCUGGUCUCCCCUCACUACCCGCCCGUCUGCAGACCCGUCCUGUUGCUGCCCACCGUGCUCGGACGCGUCCUGGACAAAAAGCUGGCAGAGUGGCAGGGCUUUCAGCUCUGUGAGCCCGAGAUGCUGAGCUCCUGUGAGCACGCAGCACAACUCCAGAGGUCUGAGAUCCUGGAGGAGAGCGAGCAGGGAACACACUGCUGCUACACUCUGCAGGGUGUCGAGAAAGUCAUGAAGAAGGGAAUCCACUGUGUGCUGCCUCUGGGUCUGGACUGUGUGCGACGGCUGCACCGCGGCAACAUCUUCCCUAUCAUCGUCUUCAUCAGCCAGUCGGCACGUAGCACCCGUAAACUAAGGUCAAAGCUGCAUCGUCACAGCCAGUCAGAGGAGCAGCUGCUGGCGUGUUCCAGGAGCGAGGAGCCGCUGCUGGACAAGCUGCCGUGUCUGUACCGCAAGGUCGCUCCUGACUCGUGGUGUGACCAAACCUCGCUGCUGACCCACUUACGCACCAUCAUCUGGGAGGAGCAGAAGAAGAUCGUGUGGGUGGAGCCAGACCUUUGGUGAAUCUGAGAAAACGGGAACAGACACGACCACUUCAAGGGCUAUUAUUAAAAAUACUGAUAAUAUAUACAUGAUAGCAGAAUUUUACAAGAGACAUCUUUGUAAACACGAGUAUGUAUCUGUGAUACGUAUAGUAACUGGGUAAAUGAAGGACUCUAUAUAAAUAUAAAUACAUUUAAAGGUGCAUGAAGCUGUCAUUUACUCGACUUUAACAUGUUCUGUAAAGUACAGGCUUCUGUUUUGAGGCUUUCAUGCAAACACACGUGCUAAAGUCUUCAGUCACCACCACCGUCUUUUAUUUUCCACUCUUUUUAUGGAGCUAAAAUCAGAAAACACAGGAAAUGCAUACGUUAACUAACUAUGAGUUAUGAUAACCAUUGAGACAUAUUAUUGUUAGACACACUAAAAAAAUCCUUAACAUAAUUCUCACAAAUUUAAUCUUUAAAUAUCAACAAGGUUUUAAUUCAGGGCUGUCAAACUCAUGGCCCGUGGGUCAUUUGCGUCAGUAAAUGAAUCAAGCAUAACAUUCAGCCACUACAACACAUAAAAGUAAAUGACUAUAAUUGGAUAUUGUGGCUUUGUCUGGUGGUCAUUAAAUCAUGGUUACAAAGACUUUUGCACGGUGUUGUAGGUGUGAGGUGUUCAUAAUGUUCAUGAUGUGUUUGCACUGUAUCACUUCUCUACAAUAUGUAGUAGAUUGUUUCCCACCAUGAGGGAUUUUCUUUUUAUCUUUUCUUUCUCAUAUAUAUUUAUAUGUAUAUACAUAUAUAUAUAUAUAUAUAUGUAUAUGUGUAUAUAUAUAUAUGUAUGUAUGUAUAUUUAUUAUGACUGUAUUUCCAGUGUUUCAUUAGACAUCUUGUUGGUGUUAGAUGGGAUUCUUAUGGAGAAAUAUGAAAUGAUGUAAGAUGAUAUGUAUCCUGAUGUCGGGAUCUUGAUGGAUGUUACUUCAGUUUAUGAAGUCUCUCUGGACGUCCUGUUUGCUUUUGUCCCUGACACUGCUGUACUGUGUCCCCUUUAGCCCUAAGCUUAUUUUUAAGGUCUCUGCUCGAAAAUUGAACCACAAGGUCUAUUUUAAUACUUUUGGUGUCAUAGUAAAGUGUAAGUGUUACUGGUGAAGAGUAAAUGUAGAUGGCACAAAAAAUGAAAAUAAUUCAGUUUAAGGAUGAAUAUCGCUCUGGAAUGAUGGAGAAUCAACUCUAAACUCACUUAAAUCUAAGUUCAGCCUGUGAACAUCAUCUCUGCAAAGUUUGACUUUGAUCAAGUGAAGCAGAAGAAAAUUAGAGCGAUUUUAGUGCAAACAUUCCAGGCGAGGACUCAUUUGGCACAUUUUGGAAACUUUUGGAAAUUUAAACCAUGUAUUAAACUACUUUCUUCACUUUUAUAUAACUAUUAAUGUUCAAUAAAACAAUUUAUGGCCUUGUUUCAAA